AUGUCCGACCAAAUCCUCGCAGGAAAGACCUGUCUCGUUACCGGCGGUGCCGGCGGCCUAGGCAAAGCAAUUGCAACCCAGUUCCUUGAAGCCGGUGCCAACGUCGUGAUCUGCGAUGUGAACGACGAGCGUCUGCAAGCCUCCUCUGCUGAGCUGUCAUCCAAGGGUCCCCUGAAGGCCAUCAAGACCGACAUCACCAAUACCAGCGAAGUGGAGAGCCUGUUUGAAACGAUCAUUGGCGAAUAUGGCAAGAUCGAUGUCCUCGUCAACAACGCCGGUAUCAUGGACCGCUUCGACCCGAUCGGCGAUCUGGAUAUGAAUCUCUGGAACCGUGUUAUUGCAAUUAAUCUCACUGCACCGGCUUUGUUGAGCCAAUUGGCUGUUCGCAACAUGCUGCAGCAGCCGAAGCCUGAUGGGCGCAUUAUUAAUAUUGUUUCUGCUGCCGGAAAGGCCGGCUGGGCCAGUGGCGCUGCGUACACCGCCAGUAAGCACGGUCUGGUCGGAUUGACUAAGAAUACUGCGUCAUUCUAUGGCAACAAGGGCAUCAAGUGCAAUGCAUUGAUGUUGGGCGGCAUGGCGACCAACAUUGUUGAUGCCUUUAGCACGGGCAUUCACCCGGAGGGUAUGGGGAAGGUGCAGGCUAUUCUCGAGGCGGUCAAAGCUCCCCACGUUGAUAUCGACGAGGUCGCUGGCUUCUGUGUGAGCAUGACAUAUGGAAAGGGCGCCAGCCAGAUCAAUGGUGCAACUAUUGCUAUUGACAAUGGAUGGACUUCCAUUGUCGGUUAA